UGGAGGAGGCACUGGGAGUGACUUCCAGCCGAAACGUCCACAUCGACUCCGCAGCUGAGCGAUCGGGGGGAGAUGAGGGAGAUGAGGGAGAUGAGGGAGAUGAGGGAGAUGAGGGAGAGGAACCGCGGGGCGGCACGCAGAGUCGUCGCCUGAGAUGCGCGACCCCUUCAGCGUGCGUUUCCCUGAACCGUGAGCGCGAGCAGCCCGCGCAGCUGCACUCGGUGGAUCCGCUGACACUGGACUCCUUGCUCACCCCUGACAUCCAGUGUCAGCAGCCGGCGCUCUGAAGAUGAUCAACCCUCAGAUAUACCUCCACUACAACUACACGGGGAGGCUGGACCACCGGCCGACCAUCGGCGCCAGCCCCGGCGCCGUGGACGCCAAAACCGUCGUGUUCCUCGUCAUAUGCAGCUGCAUCGUCCUGGAGAACCUCGCCGUGCUGGUGGCCAUAUGGAGAAACCACAGGUUCCACAACCGCAUGUACUUCUUCAUCGGCAACCUGGCGCUGUGCGACACGCUGGCCGGAGUGGCUUACCUGGUCAACCUGCUCCUGUCCGGGGAGAAGACCCUGCAGCUCUCCCCCGCGCUCUGGUUCGUCCGAGAGGGAAGCAUGUUUGUAGCACUCUGCGCCUCCAUUUUCAGUCUCCUGGCCAUUGCCAUAGAGCGCCACCUGACUAUGAUCAAAAUGAGGCCCUACGACGCCAGUAAGAACUACCGGGUGUUUCUGCUGAUAGGGGCCUGCUGGCUGAUCGCUAUAUCUCUCGGGGCUCUGCCGAUCCUCGGCUGGAACUGCCUGGACAACCUCCCCGAUUGCUCCACAGUGCUCCCUCUCUACACCAAGAAGUACGUCGCUUUUUGCAUCACGGUGUUCAUUGUCCUGCUGGUGGCCAUGUCGGUGCUCUACGCCCGCAUCUACAUCCUGGUCAAGUCCAGCAGCCAAAAAGUGAGCAAGAACAGGAACUCGGAGCACGCCAUGUCCCUGCUGCGCACCGUCACCAUCGUGGUCGGGGUCUUCAUCGCCUGCUGGACACCCAUCCUGGUCCUGCUCCUGGUGGACGUGGCCUGCGCGCGGAGCUGCCCCGUCCUCUACGAGGCCGACUGGUUCAUCGGCCUGGCCGUGCUCAACUCGGCCAUGAACCCGGUCAUCUACACCCUGGCCAGCCGCGAGAUGAGACGGGCCUUCCUGGGUCUGGCGUGCGGCGUUUGCUACGGCGGGAAGGCCUCCGCCAAGGUCGGCGGGAACAGGCGGCCCCUGGAGCCCAGCCGCAGCAGGAGCAAGUCGUGGAGCAGCCAGAACAACCCCAACCAGGGCCGGGGGAGCUCCGUGCAGGCCGAGGCGGAGGAGGGGAAGGAGACGGACACGUCGCACGGUGAGGUCUCGCUGGUGGCGGGAGGGGCGGGUCAUGCCGCCAUGGAGGGGGAGAGGAAAGACUGA